GCAGCAGCGGCGGCCCCAGUCCCCGGCGCCGCCGUGGACAGCCGGCCUGCCGGCUGACGCGCCCGACCCCGCCUCAGGUCUGCGGCCGUCGGGCUCAGAGCAUGCCGGGAGUUGUAGUUUUCAGCGCCUGAGGGCUCCGCCAGGAGAGGAUGGGCGGCCCGGGCGGCUUUGGCAGCAACGGUUCCUCCUGGCGCUCGUUCCCGCGACCCUGGCCCGGGCUUCACUUCACAUCUCCGCGACCCCGCCUCGCCUCGGCCCGGAGCCUCUCCCCUCGCCGGGGCCGGAGGCGCAAGCGGGGGCGGGCCUCUGCGCCGAGCGGCCAAUGGGGACCGAGCCUGGCGGCCGGGGCGUGGCGGCCCCGGCUCGACGCCUCGAGUGGCGGUUGUUUCAAGAUGGCGGGCGCGGCGGGCCCCUCCCUGCCGAGCUCCGCGUUCUGGAGCCGCGACUUUUCUGAUGAAGAACAAUCAGUGGUUUAUGUUCCAGGAAUCUCCACAGAAGGAAAUACAAGAUCAAGACUCAAGUUGUUAAAUCCAAAAGUUGAUGUUACAGUUAAGGCUUCUAGGGUGACUGAUGCUUCCGUCUCCAUGGAGUCUUUUAAAGGUGCAGGAGAUUCAGUAGCGGAACAGAAUUUCUGCAAGAGAGGAAUGAAGAGUGCAUCAUUGAAAGAUUUAUGUCUUGAAGACAAAAGACGCAUUGCUAACUUAAUUAAAGAACUGGCCAGAGUAAGUGAAGAAAAGGAGGUAACAGAGGAACGACUGAAAACUGAGCAGGAGUCCUUUGAGAAGAAGAUCCGGCAGUUGGAAGAACAGAAUGAACUGAUCAUCAAGGAAAGGGAAGCUCUUCAGCUACAGUAUAGAGAAUGCCAAGAACUUCUAAGUCUCUACCAGAAGUACCUAUCAGAGCAGCAAGAGAAGCUCACCCUGUCACUCUCAGAGCUUGGAGCUGCCAGAGCACAGGAGCAGCAGAUAGCCAAGAAGAAAAACACUCACCAAUCUUCACUGAUGGAUCUGGAUGGUUCCUAUCUGAGUGUAGCCAAACCACAAACCUUCUGUCAGACCAAGGCAAGGCCUAAGUCAGCAAACCAGGACUCAGCUUCAGAAUCCCUUACAGCAUUGAGAAAUAGUUCUUUGAAACCAAUAACACUUAAUCAUCCCAAAGAGGAUUUAGAGAGGAUGUCAGCAGAAACCAGAACAUGUACUUAUGAAUCUCCAGGGAGGAGACUAAUAAAUGCAGCCCCAAUAGAGAAAGCCCUACCAGAAGAGUUGAAGAUAAAGGAAUAUCCAAACCUUCCGCCUACUCCAUCUAGUCAAUACUGUGGUCAUAAAUGCUCUGAAAGUGAAGCUUAUGUUCAUGAGAAUUAUCAUCCUACGAACAUGGCCCCUCAGUGUUGUAAGACACAUCCAGAAUCAUGCAGUCAUUGUAGGAUGUCCUGGGCAUCACUCAUGCAUGAUCGAGUAGCACUGCAACCCAGAGAAACUUACAUUGAAAAACAACUCUCAGAAGAUCGAAGGCAACAGCUGAUGCUUCAGAAAAUGGAACUGGAAAUUGAAAAGGAACGCCUUCAGCAUCUCCUGACCCAACAAGAGACAAAGCUUCUCCUUAAACAGCAGCAACUACAGCAAUCCCGACUAGAUUACAAUUGGUUAAGAACUCAAGCUAUGUUUAAAUCUCAAGAAUUGGUUGCUGAUAAGGAGUUUCCUAAACCUAAUCUGGAUAUGAAUGGGAGUGACUCUGCACCGAGGUUAUUGAAGCCAAAAUGUGAUGAAUGGCUGCAUGGAACCUCAUCAUCCUUUAAAAAGUGCCCAGACUCUCCAAACAGUGGGCAAAACCAGAGGGAGAAGAAAACCGUUGAGUUUCAGUCACACGUGGAGAAUGGUAUACAAUGGACAUGUCAGCAGAAUGAUACAUGCAGACCCCAGAGAGAGACAGCAACAGGAGUUAGAAAAGAUGCAUCCACAUCUCCUAUGUCAACCAGAAGCCCUAAAGACCCCCUGACACCAGCCUCAUCAUCAUCUCAGCAUAAAACUUCAAGGUAUGAGACAUCUCUGUUGGAUUUGGUUCAGUCUCUGAGCCCAAAUUCUGCUCCUAAAUCGCAGCCGCAUCCCUCCAGAGCAGCAGGGACAUGGAGUACUCUCCGACCUACCCCUCAGAAGUCUACCUGGAAGAAAGUAAGGACACGUAGGAGCCCUGAAGACCUGGAAGAGGAUCAGAUUCUGGAAGACAUAUUUUUCAUAUGACUCUGAAGCACAUGCUACAGGAUUCCCACAGGAGAUAUUUGGGUUCCUUUCCAUAUUGAUAUAGGAUGUUAAAUUGGAAAGUAGCUGAGUCUCUCCUUUCAUGGAAACCUCUUGCCCACAUCCUUUUAUGGUAUUGAAUAUAGAAACUAUUCUAAUAAAUCAGGGUGUUUUUUUGUCAAACCAUUCAUCAGAAUCAGACUAAAGGAGAUUGCUUAAGGGUAGGAUCUUUUCUAUACCAAACAGAAAUUAGAAAUUUGGGAUACUUUGUGUGUGGCAGACUCCAUGAAUAUCUAGUGUCAUUUUAAGAUAGUUCUCAAUUUACUACUGCAAAAAGUUGACUCUUUACAGAAGGAACACUUUCCCAUUGACAGACCUCUUAAAUUAAAAAGUAGCCACUCAGAAAGGCUCUUCUCUCCUCUCCAACACUAAGUGUGGCUCUUCAUUCUGAAAUUGAAGUUGGCGACCCUAAUAUCAUCUUACAUGGAACCAAUACUUGUGGUCAUCAACCUGGUCAUUGUCACCCCUUAAACCAAAAGGCUUAAUGACUUACAGGGAAGUUCCCAACCACACGGUGGCAUUAAACCAUGUGGGAAUGGCUGCCUGGGAAAAUUUACCAGUGUCUAGGCAACCACCUCUCCAGUGUCCCAUGAUGGAUGUUUCUUGUUGACUUCAAUGUCAGUUGUUGUUGUAAACUUUAUUUGUGAUUGUGUCUGAGGAAGAUGGCACUAGAGAAAGAGCAGUGUCAAGUGGGUGCAAGUUGGCAGGUUGGCAGGUUGGCAGGUUGGCAGGCUCCUUCUGCCCCCACCUCACUCCAUAAGGAUGAAUAGUCCUACUCUGAGCAGCGCCCAUGGAUGCACUGAGUCUAAGACAGCUCUGCUGGUAAUCUUUCUUGGCCCAGAUCUGAGUCUUUUCGGUUCAGGCUGAGCUUAGUCCUGUUGAGUCUACUCAGGCUCCCUCUCUGUAAGCCUCCCAGUCUCAUACUCUUCCUCUGAGGCAAAUGCAAGAGCAAGACUAAUUACUUGUAGUCAUUCCCUUUGGAAAUUGAAAGUUCAUUGCAGAUUCCAACUUCCUUUUCAACGUCACCCUGAGAGUAACUAGAAUAGGCUUGUUCCAUUUCAAAACACCUUUAGGAUAUGUCUUUGGAGUGGUGGAAAUGGCCAUUUUCUCAGUUGGGUUUCCAGAAACAUUUUUUCUCUAUCUUGUGUGUCAAAGACAGCAUAACUAUACCUGUUUCUUUAGACCUGCGAUAACCAUAGUCACUGCUCUGGGCAUCAGCAGUCUUCCUACUCCAGUAUGUCUCCAGAAAGAAAAGAAAGAGAAUCUGAUCUCCUUAAGAAGAUUAAUUAUCUGUAGAAAAGUUAUAAACAGCCUAAAAACUAAAGCCUUUUUUGCGAUGGCGUGCCAGUGAAUAGAAUUUAAUUGCUUCUUCUCUAGCAUAAGAAGUUUGAAAGAGGAAAAAAAAAAAAGAGUUUUCAGGGGUGCAUCAGUCAACACACUUCACACAUGCCAGUUGCCGUCUUUCUCCUGCAGGCAUUUAUGUGUACACACACGCACACACACAUAAAAUCUAGUGACUUUGUUAAUUGAAUGGUGUAUGUUAACAUUUUAAUCUGUAUUAAAUUUCCUCUGAGAUAUGUGUUGUUGUAGAGGAUUGGGGCCUGUCCCACAGCAGAAUGGGAAGAAGGUACAAGUCAUGUGCCUGCUUUCUUCAGGGGUUGGUUGGGACUUGUUUGGCCAGCCCCUAGAUGUUUCCUCAAAGCAAAAGUGUACUCAAUAAUGAAAAAUUUGGUUUAACAAGAUUCACCAAGGUCACCAGAUAGUAAGGAACAGUUCAAGCCCAGGGAUGGAGAUGGGGGUCAUUGUCCUCUUCUUUACUUCUUUUUCCUAUUUUGAGUCAAUAUCCAAACACUCAAGACCAUGUUCUACUGUCCAGUCAUGAUUUAUCAGCCACAUGGAUUGGUAGCACAUGAGAGCAGUGGGAAGAAGGGAGGAAAGGAAACAGGCCUAAGUCCCUUUGCAGCCUCGGUACAAUUCCAUGUUGCAUGCAGCUCUCUCAUAAAGGAGAAAAGGAGGGUCAGAAGAGAGAGCUGGAGAUAGCAGGCUAUGGGCACUUCCACUGCUACCUCCCAAGUCCCUUAUCUACAAUGGUUAACAUUUCCUUCCAAAUUUAAGGUUUCUAACUCCCCUAUUUAAAGAUACAAAGAACUCCCCAGGGCUUACAGGACAAGGGGCACAGCCCUAGAGAGGCACAUCAGGGCUCUGUCUCCAUCUCUGGUCCCAUGUCCCUUCGUUGCAUCAGCCACCUCCAUCACCUUCUCUCCUUUGCUCCCUACUGUGGCUCGCUACUGUUAGACUCAUCCCAAUGACAAACUUCUCUUUCAGGGUCCUUGUGGGUGAGUAAUUUGAGACUAUCUAAGUUGUUACCACUUUAUGAAAUUUCCCUAUGUUCCUGGCACUGUACUGCUGGCUCCAGAAAGAUUUGCAGAUAUGUCCAGCCCAUAGCCCAUGGGCCACAUAUGGUCAAGGAUAGCUGUGAAUGUGACCCAGCACAAAAUUGUAAACUUACUUAAAACAUUUUGAGUUGUGUUAUUAUUUUUGUUUUUCACUUUUUUGUGUGUAACUUGAUUGUGCAGCUCUCAAACAUGAACAUUAUAUAUAAUAAAUCAUGUCAUCAUGUUGCAGUGUCAAAAGGCUGGCCAUGCAGCAAGUCCAGAGCCUCUGUUAUGGCUCUCCUCAUUAUAACACAUUGUACUGGGUCCUGUUUCUCUUUCUUAUGGACACUUAGAGUUCCAGGUGUCCAGGCUAACAUAUGCUAUGUUUGAGGAGCCAGCCUCACCAUUGAUGACAUACAGAUAUGCAGGUGAGUUAUUGAUACCUUCUGAGAAUGAUAACUCUAUCUGCAGAUUUUAGGACUGACCUGCUGACCUAACCCUAAAAACCUAGACCAGAGAAAAACCAGAAUGAGAAGGUCAAAGUUCCCAAGAAUGUGAAGCUGGCAGUUGGAGGGCACUGAGAUAUGACUGCUUAGAACAUGGAGCAACCAGCAGGCCCAAAGGCAGGCAUCAGUGUUUGUGUUAGAGAACUACAGAGGUGGUUGGCCAGAACAACUUUAGUCCAGAGCUGACAUCCUCUCCCUGCCCCUGUUGUCUGACACCUGAUUGGCUGACCCUAAGCUGGCACUAGCACACAGUUGCUCACAGUGGACUCCCACCUGGAAGCUCCGUCUGUCUUUUCCCCAGGUGCUGCCUCACCCUUUCUUCCUCCACAGCCUUUCCAGCUUUAUGUUCUGAGGUGGCCAGUAGGCUGCUGAGGUGAGGGAGACCAUGUUGUAUCCCAGUGAGAUUAGGUGAGGUUUUCAAAUCUACUCUGAGAGAUUUUAGCUUGUUAGAUUUAUAUAGCAUUGGGAAAUGGUAAACUGUAUAAAUUUUCUGUAUUUUCUAUGGACAGUUAUUUAUGGAGGGGUGUUUUUAACUCAAGUGCUAGAAAUAUUAAAUCAUCAUAAUAAAUUCAUGCUAUUCAGACUUUC